GCGGGGGCAGCUCUGCCAUGCGGGGAGGCAAACGCAGCUUUUGUCCCCGCCAAAGCCCGGCUUUAACCCUGUCCCUUUGUUCCCCCAGAUCAUGAUCGAGUUCUGCCAGGGCGGGGCCGUGGAUGCCACCAUGCUGGAGCUGGACCGGGGGCUGACAGAGCCCCAAAUCCGUGUGAUCUGCCGCCAGAUGCUGGAAGCUCUGCACUACCUGCACAGCAAACGCAUCAUCCACAGGGACCUGAAGGCUGGCAACGUGCUCCUCACCCAGGAUGGGGACAUCAAGCUCGCUGACUUUGGGGUGUCUGCCAAAAACUUGAAAACCUUGCAGAAGCGGGAUUCCUUCAUCGGGACCCCAUACUGGAUGGCCCCGGAGGUGGUGAUGUGUGAGACCAUGAAGGACACUCCCUACGACUACAAGGCUGACAUCUGGUCUCUGGGCAUCACGCUGAUCGAGAUGGCGCAGAUGGAGCCGCCGCACCACGAGCUYAACCCCAUGAGGGUCCUGCUGAAGAUCGCCAAAGCCGAGCCCCCCACGCUCAGCUGCCCCAGCAAAUGGUCCCUGGAGUUCAGAGAUUUCCUGAAGAAGGCUCUGGACAAGAACCCGGAGAGCCGGCCCAGUGCUGCCCAGCUGCUGGAGCUCAGCACCACCACCCUGCUUUCCUCUCCAGCCGUGGGUGGAGCAGGACCCUGGUGGCCCUUGUGGCUGUGUUGGUGGCAGUGCCAACCCCACAUCUGCCCUUUCCUGUGUUUGCAGCCCCCCGGGAAGCACAAGAGGGACCCCUCGGAGGCGAGCCAGCUGAGCUUGGAUGGGGACAAAUCCCAGGACUCUGCGCUGCCCAAAGCUGUGAACGGCUCCGUGAGCACUGGCAGGGACACCACAGAUGGCCAGGGUGACACAGUCACGGAGAAAGGGACGAGCGGUGACAAUGACAAGCUGGAGAGCAACCACUCCACAAAACCCAUCCCCAGCUCGGCCAUCUCGGCCACCCGGGACAAACCGGACAUCAUCCUGCAGCCCGGACAUUUGGGUGACACAGCRGAGGGGAGCAAGGAGCCCAGGAUGGGCAGGGAGGAGAGGAAGAGCCUCGGCGAGAGGAAGAGCGUGGUGGAGCGGCCGGAGAGCGUCCACCUGGAGGGCAUGGGCGAGGACAAACUGGUCAAUGGUGGCCUGGAGACCACGGGGCCCUUCCCUGGCAGCCGCCCCAAGGGAGACUCGGACUCGGGCAGCACCUCGGCCUCCGAGAGCAUGGACCUGAGCAUCUCCCUGUCUGCUGACCUGGCCCUCAACAGGGACAGCGGCUCCAUCUCCCUCAAGGACUCCCGGAUGCACAACAAGACCCUGAAGCGCACCCGCAAGUUCGUGGUGGACGGGGUGGAGGUGAGCGUCACCACCUCCAAGAUCAUCAGCGAGGACGAGAAGAAGGACGAAGAAAUGAGGUUCCUCAGGCGCCAGGAGCUGCGAGAGCUCCGUCUGCUGCAGAAGGAGGAGCACAGGAACCAGGCMCAGCUGAACAGCAAGCACCAGCUGCAGCAGGAGCAGAUGCAGCGGCGCUUCGAGCAGGAAAUGAUGGCUAAGAAGAAGUUCUACGACACGGAGCUGGAGAACCUGGAGCGGCAGCAGAAGCAGCAGAUCGAGAGGAUGGAGCAGGAGCACGCGCUGCGCCGGCGCGAGGAGGCCAAGCGCAUCCGCCUGGAGCAGGAGCGCGACCACGCCAGGUUCCUGGAGCAGCUCAAGCAGAUGAARAAGGAGGUCAAGAACGAGGUUGAGAAGCUGCCACGGCAGCAGCGCAAAGGGAACCUCAAGGCCAAGAUGGACGAUUUCACCCAGAAAAAACAAACCAUGGAACAGGAAUUUUUGGCCAAGCAGAAGGAGGACUUGGAGCAGGCCAUGAAGAACAUCACUGCCCAGAACAAAAGGGAGAUCUGUGACAAGGAGCGCGAGUGCCUCAACAAGAAGCAGCAGCUGAUGAGGGACCGGGAAGCUUGCAUUUGGGAUCUGGAGGAGCGCCAGCAGCAGGAGAGGCACCAGCUUAUCAAGCAGCAGCUGAAGGACCAGUAUUUCCUCCAGAGGCACGAGCUGCUGCGGAAGCACGAGAAGGAAAGGGAGCAGAUGCAGCGCUACAACCAGCGCAUGCUGGAGCAGCUGCGGGUGCGGCAGCAGCAGGAGAGGGCCCGGCUGCCCAAGAUCCAGCGCAGCGAGGGCAAGACRCGCAUGGCCAUGUACAAGAAGAGCCUCCACAUCCACUCCAGCGGCAGUGCUGCCGAGCAGAGGGACAAGAUCAAACAGUUCGCCCUGCAGGAGGAGAAGAGGCAGAAGGCAGAGCGGCUGCAGCAGCAGCAGAAGCACGAGUCGCAGAUGAAGGACAUGCAYGCCCAGUGUGAGAGCAACACCMACGAGCUCCAGCACCUCCAGAAUGAAAAGUGCCACCUCCUGAUCGAGCAYGAAACGCAGAAGCUGAAGUCCCUGGACGAGAGCCACAACCAGCACAUGAAGGAGUGGCGAGAGCAGCUGAGGCCACGGAAGAAGGCCCUGGAGGAUGAGCUGAACCAGAAGAAGCGCGAGCAGGAGAUGUUCUUCAAGCUGAGCGAGGAGGCCGAUGGACAGAYGCCGGCAUCCCCCACCAAACAUGCCAAAUUCGUGCCCUUCAGCUCCUCRGAGAGCCUGUAACCCCUGGCAGGUCACCAGCUGGUGCUGGCUGUGUCCUCCUGAGCUACAGGGGGACAAUUUGCACUCGGCAGCUCCUCGUGGCAGCCCCUCCUUGGCACAGCACCCUGCUGUCCCCUCGCUCUGCCCACCACAGACGUGGCCUCUGCUCUGAGGGACACUGCCUGCUCGUGGGGUGGCUUUUKGAGGAGCUGCAGGCUGGGAAGGGGGGCAGGACCCUCUCUGGAUCACGCUGGCACUGUUGGCUGGUGCCUCCCCGCCGUGUGAGCCCGGUGCUCGCUGGGUUGGGCAGCUCAGGMCGGAGCAAAGCCCACCCUGAACGGAGGAACAGCCAGGGCUCUGCCCUCAGGGUGGGGCUGUCACCUCUCUGUCCACCGUGGCUGCUCCUGUCCCUGUCCCCUGUAGGGUCUGGCCUGGGCCAGAGCAGCUUUGCCAUUGUUUCAGCUCACCUUGGCCUUUGGCCCCCCAGCACUCGCCUUAGAUUUCUGAUUUAUUCCUCUCCACUGUGGCCCUUUUUUUGCCACAGACUGACGGUGAUUUCGGUAUUUUUUUUUUGCCAGGGGAGGGCUGUUUUUUUCCUUUCCUCCUCCUCCCCACACAGACUGUGCAGAAAGGGGCUGGAUGUCCUCCCAAAGACGCUUCUGCUCUUCCUUUGCCUUUGCACCACUGCCCCUCUGGCACUGAGCUGGCCCUGUCUGCUCAGGGACUGGGUUCUGGGUGAUUAACCUGGGCUAAUUAAAUCAUCCUGCUGGCUGCAGGCUGAAGGAGGUGUCAGUGCAGAGGGGAGCUCAGGGAUGGUGCUCAGUCCUGCGGUGACACGGUGGUGACAGCCCUGUCACUGUCCUGUGCCUUGAGGGUGAGAAGGGUGGGGUGAGAAGGGUGUUCCUGGCAGAGCUCUCAUGGCCACAGGGUGCUUCAGGCUGGUUUUAAGGUCCUUUCUGUGUGGAUGAGCCAGCCUGGGCACAGGGUGAUGGCUGCAGAGCAUCGCUGGGAGGGGUAAAGGACAGAAAAGGGAGAAAAGGGGAGAGAAAUGAGGGUGGAGGAGWUGCCCAGGCAGGGGCACGGUGGGUGCUGCUCACAGCAUCUCUCUGUCCACUGCUGUCUCAUCUCCUUGGCAUCAGCUGGAGCUUCUUGGAUGGCUCUCCUGGCUGGGAGCUGUGGGCAGAGCAGGUCCUCUGUCCCUCUGUCCCUGUGGUGUCCCCUCCCCCUGAAUGAGGCAGGGCUUGGCUGAGCUGCUGGGUGGGACACAGAG